GUGACAACAAUGUGUUACUUGGUAGAAGAAGCACAGCCAAAAGGAAUAUGGGUUUUGGCAGAGAAGAAUUUACAGGACUAGAAAAAAAAGGAGCAAUUUACAAUAGUUGUAUGUGAGGCAAAAAAAACCAAGGCCCAGCUCCCCAGGACCCACCGGACAUCUGCUCAGUGAAUAGUGACCUGCCGAUAUACUGCAGUGUGCCUACAGAAGAGGAGAUCUGCAAAGCUGUAUAUCAGCUAGGAAAUGGAGUGAAUUUGUCCCCUGGACUUUGACGUACCACUCAGGCAGCUGCGUGGUAGAAAACAAGGGGUUCAGACAGAGGUACAAUAGAUAGAGUUUUGCAGCCAUCAGCUCGCGAAGGACGGCAGCCCUGACACAGCCGGCGUGUGAAACCUGCAGGAGAUGAAGGAAUCAGCCUGGGAACAAUAAAAGAACAGCUUAGGAAUGAAUUCCACAAAGAACCAGACCAACAGCUACCAGUUCUGGGACCAUGCAAGCACCUCUAACAUCACAGAGUAUAAUUCUUCUGUAACAUUCCAGUCUGAGUUCUCUCCAGUCAUAGAUCAGGUGAUUGGUGGUGUCCUCAUCAUCAUCCUCUUCAUCACAAUGGUAUCCCUGGGCUGCAAGAUGGAGGUCGCCAAGAUCCGGGAGCACAUCGCCAAGCCCAAAGGAGUAGCCAUCGCCAUAGUGGCCCAGUAUGGCAUCAUGCCCCUCUCAGCCUUUACCUUUGCCAAGAUCUUCCAGCUGGAACCUAUGGCAGCCAUGACUGUGUUGAUCUGCGGCUGCUGUCCAGGGGGAAACCUGUCCAACAUUUUCACCCUGGGUCUCCAUGGUGACAUGAACCUGAGCAUCCUGUUGACUACGUUCUCCAACGUCAUGGGCUUUGGAAUGAUGCCCUUGCUCCUGUACAUGUACUACCAGGGCAUCUACGGCCUGGAGAGUGCCAUUCCUUACGGCGGCAUCACCCUGGCACUGGUGCUGACCCUUGUCCCCUGCGCCAUCGGGAUCGCCAUCAACCACUGGGCACCUCGCUUUUCCCCCAUCAUCAUCAAGGUUGGUCUCAGCGCCUUAGUGGUCACCACCAUUGUGAUCUUCAUCCUGUGUGGCAUCGCGGUUAGAGAUACAAUCAGGCCGGUCCUGUCACCUCCACUGGUAGCAACGGCGGCUCUCAUGCCAAUAAUCGGCUUCCUCUUUGGCUACAUGAUGUCCUUUUUGUUCAAUCUCAACCAGCAGUGUAGGAGGACCAUUGCUAUGGAGACUGGCUGUCAAAAUGUCCAGCUUGGCACCACCGUUCUGAAGGUAGUGUUCCCUUACGAGAUCAUUGGACCCCUCUUCCUGUUCCCCUUCAUCUACGUCACUUUCCAGGUUGGUGAAGCUUUACUGCUUACCAUCCUGUUCAGGUGUUACCAAAGGUUCAAGGCAUCUAGCAACAGUAAGUAUUUCAUUGCAGUCAACAGUACUGAAUGCAUUAAAGUGACUGGACCAGUUCUCAGCAAAGUACUUACAUUAGACUUUUUGUCCCCUACAAAAACAUAUCUUUCAGAGAAAACAGUGUAUGUGACUGUGAACGGUAACACAGAGGAAGCGACAUCAGUCUAGGAGUGGACAGUCGUUCAGUUGAUGGCAGGAGU